AUGAGUUGGAGCUUCCUGACUCGCCUGCUAGAGGAGAUCCACAACCAUUCCACAUUUGUGGGGAAGAUCUGGCUCACUGUAUUGAUUGUCUUUCGGAUUGUCCUUACAGCUGUAGGAGGGGAGUCCAUCUAUUACGAUGAGCAAAGCAAAUUUGUAUGUAACACAGAGCAGCCAGGCUGUGAAAAUGUCUGCUAUGAUGCUUUUGCACCCCUCUCCCACGUGCGCUUCUGGGUAUUCCAGAUCAUCCUGGUGGCAACCCCCUCAGUGAUGUACCUGGGUUAUGCCAUUCAUAAGAUUGCCAAAAUGGAGCAUGGAGAAGCAGACAAGAAGGCAGCUCGGAGCAAACCGUAUGCAAUGCGUUGGAAACAGCACCGGGCUCUUGAAGAAACAGAAGAGGACCAUGAAGAGGAUCCCAUGAUGUAUCCAGAAAUGGAAUUGGAAAGUGAAAAAGAAAAUAAGGAGCAGAACCAACCUAAACCCAAGCAUGAUGGCCGACGGCGGAUUCGGGAGGAUGGGCUUAUGAAAAUCUACGUGCUGCAGUUGCUUGCAAGGACCGUAUUUGAGGUGGGUUUUCUGAUAGGGCAGUAUUUUCUGUAUGGCUUCCAAGUCCACCCAUUUUAUGUGUGCAGCAGACUUCCUUGCCCUCAUAAAAUAGACUGCUUUAUUUCUAGACCUACUGAAAAGACCAUCUUCCUUCUAAUAAUGUAUGGUGUUACAGGCCUUUGCCUGUUGCUUAACAUUUGGGAAAUGCUUCAUUUAGGGUUUGGGACAAUUCGAGACUCACUAAACAGUAAAAGGAGGGAACUGGAAGAUCCGGGUGCUUAUAAUUAUCCUUUCACUUGGAAUACACCAUCUGCUCCCCCUGGCUAUAACAUUGCCGUCAAACCAGAUCAGAUCCAGUACACCGAACUGUCCAAUGCUAAGAUUGCCUACAAGCAAAACAAGGCCAACAUCGCCCAGGAACAACAGUAUGGCAGCCACGAGGAGAAUCUCCCCGCUGACCUGGAGACUCUGCAGCGGGAGAUUAAAAUGGCUCAGGAACGCUUGGAUCUAGCAAUCCAGGCCUACAGUCACCAAAACAACCCCCACGGACCCCGGGAAAAAAAAGCCAAAGUGGGGUCCAAAGCUGGGUCCAACAAGAGCAGUGCUAGUAGCAAAUCAGGAGAUGGGAAGACCUCCGUCUGGAUUUAG